AUGGAGGACAAAGGCCUAUGGAGAGAGGUGCUAGAAUCAAAAUAUGGGUCAUGGAGGAACCUUAAUGAAAUUGUCAUCCUGAAGUCUGCUUCAAGAUGGUGGAAAGACAUCCAUAAGGUUUGUGGAAGCUCAACACAAGGAGCAUGGUUUGAAAACUGUAAAGACUGGGUGAUAGGAGAAGGGGACAAAGUAUUAUUUUGGGAAGAUCUUUGGGUGGGGGAUGCACCACUUAGCUUGAGGUUCCAUAGCUUAUAUCUAAUCUCAGAAAGUAAACAAAGCCCCAUAGCUAGAGUAGGACAUUGGGUCGACAACACAUGGGUUUGGGAAUUGGUUUGGAGGAGACAAAGACUUGUUUGGGAGCAAGCUAUGGAAGCACAACUCUAUCAGCUAAUUAAUAGUCGUACAUUUAGGAAAGGGAAUCUGGAUACUUGGAGUUGGAAGGAAACUGUAGAAGGAGCAUACACUGUAAGGUCUGCAUAUAUGAAGUUGAUGGGUAGCUCCGAAGGGGAAAGCGACAAGGUGUUCACAGAGUUAUGGAGUAUAAGAGUGAUUCCGAAGGCACAAUUAUUUGGGUGGAGGCUACUCUUGGAUAAGUUACCGACAAAGGAUAAAUUAUCGGUGAAGGGAGUCCAAUUACAACACUCUUUGCGUGAGUUUUGCCUAGAUUGUGAAGAGAGUGCAUCACACCUAUUUUUCUCUUGUGCAAUGUCUCAAAAGGUGUGGAAAAUGUGUGAUAGCUGGAUAGGGGUGAGCUUAGUGCAUCACAACCAAGCUAGGAUACACUUUCAACACUUUCAUAUGAGUAGCUUGAACACUAGGCAAAACACAAUGUGGAAAGGAAUGUGGUUGGCUAUAGUUGGGGAGAUUUGGAGACAUAGGAAUGAGGUGAUCUUUAAGCAAAAGAAAGUUGACAUUGAAGAGAUUUUUAGUCUUGCUCAAGUUAACGCUUGGGCUUGGUUGAAACAUAAAAUUCCUUCGGUGAGCAUGAAAAGGAUUCCCAUGUCUAAAGCAAUGAGCUCUUCAUCAGUGAUUUUGCACACUUCUUUGGUUACUCCGUAA